AUGGUUAAGAAGUCGGAGGUCACUGCUGUACAAGAAACUUGGGCAAGGAAGAAAGCGUAUGCUCGGGUUCUGGCGGCCUUCGAUACUCCUAUCGAAGGAGGGUAUCUCAAUCUUCUAGAAGGGUUGUUCAUUAUCUUGCUGGGGACUCUGGAGAAGCCGAUGUUCUCUCACAAGUUUGUCAGACCUUGCGUUUGGUCAUUUAUUGAGGAGAUCCGAGAGAGGAUUGAUAUUCCUUGGGGGAAAGACACUUUGGGGUUGAACUUGGCGUUCCCUUUGGUACAAGGGUUCUUCAACAAAGGUGCCGACGAGAUGUCGCCCUGUGUUCACUGUGGGAUGAUGACUGGAUCUCACAAACAUAGGACAAUGAUGGAAGGUACUGAAGAGAGCCUUCAUGCCUCCACGCUGGGAAACCUAUCUUUGAAAACCGAUGCCGCAAUAAAGAAAGACGAACCCCAGUUCCGCGUUGGCCCCGUCCUAGCACCAAAAUCGUUCACAAUCAUGACACGUCAAUUCUACACACAGAAGCGGCACAGACGCGUUUGUGGCAACUUACGAAUGGUCAUCCCGAGGGGACAGCAGCCAUCCUUAAUUCUAUUGACCACGUAUGUUACAUCCAAUAUGGAGUGA